GGCCGUGGCGAGGAGCCUCCGCCCCCCACCCAGUUGUUUUUCCGCUCCUGCCUCUGCUCGGCGGCGGCGGCGGCAGCAUGGCGAGCCCUCCGGAGACCGAAGGCUUCUCGGACGUGCGCAAGGUGGGCUACCUGCGCAAACCCAAGAGCAUGCACAAGCGCUUUUUCGUGCUGCGGGCCGCCAGCGAGGCGGGGGGCCCGGCGCGCCUCGAGUACUACGAGAACGAGAAGAAGUGGCGGCACAAGUCGAGCGCCCCCAAACGCUCGAUCCCCCUGGAGAGCUGCUUCAACAUCAACAAGCGGGCUGACUCCAAGAACAAGCACCUGGUGGCUCUCUACACCCGGGACGAACACUUUGCCAUUGCGGCAGACAGCGAGGCCGAGCAGGACAGCUGGUACCAGGCUCUCCUGCAGCUGCACAACCGCGCCAAGGGCCACCACGAUGGGGCCUCGGCCACCGGGGCGGGAGGCGCUGGGGGCAGCUGCAGCGGCAGCUCUGGCCUGGGCGAGGCUGGAGAGGACUUGAGCUACGGGGACAUGCCCCCAGGACCCGCCUUCAAGGAGGUCUGGCAGGUGAUCUUGAAACCCAAAGGCCUGGGGCAGACAAAGAAUCUGAUCGGCAUCUACCGCCUGUGCCUGACCAGCAAGACCAUCAGCUUCGUGAAGCUGAACUCGGAGGCCGCGGCCGUGGUGCUGCAGCUGAUGAACAUCAGGCGCUGCGGCCACUCCGAGAACUUCUUCUUCAUCGAGGUGGGCCGCUCCGCCGUGACGGGCCCCGGCGAGUUCUGGAUGCAGGUGGAUGACUCCGUGGUGGCCCAGAACAUGCACGAGACCAUCUUGGAGGCCAUGCGGGCCAUGAGCGACGAGUUCCGCCCUCGCAGCAAGAGCCAGUCCUCCUCCAACUGCUCCAACCCCAUCAGCGUCCCCCUGCGCCGGCACCAUCUCAACAACCCGCCGCCCAGCCAGGUGGGGCUGACGCGCCGCUCACGCACCGAGAGCAUCACCGCCACCUCCCCGGCCAGCAUGGUGGGCGGGAAGCCAGGUUCCUUCCGGGUCCGCGCCUCCAGCGAUGGCGAAGGCACCAUGUCGCGCCCAGCCUCGGUGGACGGCAGCCCGGUGAGCCCCAGCACCAACAGGACCCACGCCCACCGGCAUCGGGGCAGCUCCCGGCUGCACCCGCCGCUCAACCACAGCCGCUCCAUACCCAUGCCUUCUUCUCGCUGCUCGCCGUCGGCCACCAGCCCCGUCAGUUUGUCGUCCAGCAGCACCAGUGGCCACGGCUCCACCUCGGACUGUCUCUUCCCGCGGCGGUCGAGCGCCUCUGUGUCCGGCUCUCCCAGCGAUGGCGGCUUCAUCUCCUCCGACGAGUAUGGCUCGAGUCCUUGCGACUUUCGAAGUUCCUUCCGCAGUGUCACUCCCGAUUCCCUGGGCCACACCCCGCCAGCCCGCGGCGAGGAGGAGCUCAGUAACUACAUCUGCAUGGGCGGCAAAGGGGCCUCCACCCUGGCCGCCCCCAACGGUCAUUACAUUUUGGCUCGCGGUGGCAAUGGCCACCGCUACAUCCCCGGGGCGGGCCUGGGCGUGAGCCCCGCCCUGGCUGCGGAGGAUGCAGCCAGCGCCGCCGACCUGGAGAAUCGCUUCCGGAAGCGAACUCACUCGGCGGGCACCUCCCCUACCAUUUCGCACCAGAAGACCCCAUCGCAGUCCUCGGUGGAGUAUACAGAGAUGAUGCCUGCCUACCCACCGGGAGGUGGCAGUGGAGGCCGACUGCCCGGCUACAGGCACUCCGCCUUCGUGCCCACCCACUCCUACCCCGAGGAGGGUCUGGAGAUGCACCCCUUGGAGCGCCGCGGGGGCCACCACCGGCCGGACUCCUCCACUCUCCACACUGACGAUGGCUACAUGCCCAUGUCGCCGGGGGUGGCCCCGGUGCCAGGGAGCAGCCGCAAGGGCAGUGGGGACUACAUGCCCAUGAGCCCCAAGAGUGUGUCUGCCCCUCAGCAGAUCAUCAACCCCAUCAGACGCCACCCCCAGAGAGUGGACCCCAAUGGCUACAUGAUGAUGUCCCCCAGUGGCAGCUGCUCCCCUGACAUUGGAGGUGGGCCCAGCAGUAGCAGCGGCAGCAGUGGCGUCAGCGCCGCCCCUUCCGGGAGCAGCUACGGCAAGCUGUGGACCAAUGGGGUAGGGGGCCACCACUCUCACGCCCUGCCUCACCCCAAACCCCCUGCGGAGAGCAGUGGUGGCAAGCUCUUACCUUGCACAGGUGAAUACAUGAACAUGUCGCCAGUGGGGGACUCCAACACCAGCAGCCCCUCAGACUGCUACUAUGGCCCUGAGGACCCCCAGCACAAGCCAGUCCUCUCCUACUACUCACUGCCAAGGUCCUUUAAGCACACCCAGCGUCCGGGGGAGCUGGAGGAAGGUGCCCGGCACCAGCACCUCCGCCUCUCCUCUAGCUCUGGUCGCCUUCUCUAUGCUGCGACAGCUGAAGAUUCUUCUUCCUCCACCAGCAGCGACAGCCUGGGUGGUGGAUACUGUGGGGCUAGGCCAGAGCCUGGCCUCCCGCAUCCCCACCAUCACGUCCUGCAGCCCCACCUGCCUCGAAAGGUGGACACAGCUGCUCAGACCAACAGCCGCCUGGCUCGGCCCACAAGGCUGUCCCUGGGGGAUCCCAAGGCCAGUACCUUGCCUCGGGUUCGAGAGCAGCAGCAGCAGCAGCAGCAGCCCCUGCCGCACCCUCCGGAGCCCAAGAGCCCAGGGGAGUAUGUGAAUAUUGAAUUUGGGAGUGAUCAACCUGGCUACCUGUCUGGCCCUGUGGCUUCCCACAGCUCUCCCUCUAUCAGGUGUCCACCCCAGCUCCAGCCAGCUCCCCGAGAGGAAGAGACUGGGACCGAGGAGUACAUGAACAUGGACCUGGGACCCGGCCGGAGGGCAACCUGGCAGGAGAACACAGGGGCUGACUUGGGCAGAGUGGGCCCUGCACCUCCUGGGGCAGCUAGCGUUUGCAGGCCCACCCGGGCAGUGCCCAGCAGCCGAGGCGACUACAUGACCAUGCAGAUGGGUUGUUCCCGCCAGAGCUACGUGGAUACCUCCCCAGUGGCCCCUGUCUGCUAUGCUGACAUGCGGGCAGGCAUUGCUGCCGAGGAGGCCAGCCUGCCCCGGGCCACAGCGGCUGCUCCUUCCUCAUCCUCAGCAGCCUCUUCUUCCCCCACUGAGCCUCAAGGAGCAGCUGAACUGGCUACUCGCUCCUCCCUGCUGGGAGGGCCACAAGGACCCGGGGGCAUGAGUGCCUUCACCCGGGUGAACCUCAGUCCGAACCGCAACCAGAGUGCCAAAGUGAUCCGUGCAGACCCACAGGGGUGCCGGAGGAGGCAUAGCUCAGAGACCUUCUCCUCUACACCCAGUGCCACCCGGGCGGGCAACACGGUGUCUUUCGGAGGGGGCGCUGCAGGAGGGGGCAGCGGCGGCAGCGGCAGUGAGGAUGUGAAACGCCACAGCUCUGCUUCCUUUGAGAAUGUGUGGCUGAGGCCCGGGGAGCUGGUGGGAGCCCCCAAGGAGACAGCCCAAGUGUGUGGGGCUGCUGGGGGUUUGGAGAAUGGUCUUAACUACAUAGAUCUGGAUUUGGUCAAGGACUUCAAACAGCGCCCUCAGGAGCGCCCCCCUCAGCCGCAGCCUCCCCAGCCUGUGCCCCCUCAUCCUCAUCCGCCCCUGGGCAGCGGUGAGAGCAGCUCCACCAGCCGCUCCAGUGAGGAUUUAAGCGCCUAUGCCAGCAUCAGUUUCCAGAAGCAACCAGAGGACCGCCAGUAGCUCAACUGGACAUCACAGCAGAAUGAAGACCUAAACAACCUCAGCAAAUCCUCCUUUAACUCAUGGGUACCCAGACUCUAAAUAUUUCAUGAUUCACAACUAGGACCUCACUUCCUCCUCCUCAGUAGAUGGUACGAUGCAUCCAUUUCAGUUUGUUUACUUUAUACAAUCCUCAGGAGUUCGUUGACUGAACUGCACGUUCUAUAUUGUGCCAAGCAAAAAAGCACUGUGACACCAGGACAAUGACUCUUCAUAAACUUCAUCUUCAACCUUAAGGACUUGGCUGGCCGUGAUGAGUUGACAUGCCCACCACAUGCCGUCACGGAGAAUGGGUUUCCUCUCAUCGCAUUGACAAGAUUCAUUUCAUCUGCUGCUGAAACUGUGUGCGACAAAGCAUUGUUGUAAAUUAUUUCAUACGAAAUUGUUCACAUUGGGUGGAGAGAGUAUUAAAUAUUUAACAUAGGUUUUGAUUUAUAUGUGUAAUUUUUAAAAGGAAAAAGUAACUUUUCUUACAGCACAUCUUUUUUUUUUUUGGAUGUGGAACUGAGGUAUACAAUGUUCUGUUGUAAAGAGUGGAGCAAAUGCUUAAAACAAGGCUAAAAAGAGUAGAAUAGGGUAUGAUCCUUGUUUUAAGAUUGUAAUUCAGAAAAAUAAUAUAAUAAGAAUACUAGUGCCAUAGAUGGUUCUCAAUUGUAUAGUUAUAUUUGCUGAUACUAUCUCUUGUAAUAUAGACCUGAUGUUGAGCUGAGUUCCUUACAAGAAGUAAUAUUAAUUUUGUAUUUUUCCUGUAAGACAAUAGGCCAUGUUAAUUAAACUGAAGAAGGAUUUAUUCUACUGGGUGUUUUCAAAUGUGGGCUUAAAAUUGGCAACUGAAUGGAAGCAAAAUUACAAGAAAAGGAAAUCCAAGUCUUCCAUUGUAUAUAUUGUAAAGAGAAGGAGGCGAGAGUGAUCCCUUCAAAUCAAAAGCUCUCUUUGGAAUGAACAAUGUGGGUGUUUGUAAAUUCUGGAAAUGUCUUUCUAUUCAUAAUAAACUAGAUACUGUUGAUCUUUUCUUCUCUCCCUCCCCCUCCCCCUACUUCUGUAAGCUUCCCUCUCUAUUCCCAUCGGGUGUUUUUUCUGUUGCACAAGUUAUAAUAUUUCAUUUCCUGCAUUAUCUUGAGAAAAGUGGAAAGACAAGUGAGUGCUUGCUAACCAGAAAUUAAAAUUCCAGAAAGUGUUUUUUAUCAUGACCAGGGCUAUAUCUCACUUUCCUUAAGACCCUUAUCUCGUGUUUUCUGAGAAUGCCCAGUGUUCUCGUAGAAAUUGAAUGUAAUUCUGUUUGCCCUGAUGGGUACUGGCCUAUUAGUGUUUGGUUAUUAACACUCAGUAUACAGAGAGCAUAUCCAAACAUGAAGACCUGGUAUGGGAACAUCUAGCUAGCAGUGAAAAUCUUAAUCCUCUUCUUGUUUGCAAAAUCUAUGCAUCUUGGAAGUUUUCCAUUUGAGAUUAGACGUGGCAGUGAACACAUUUCAAAAUGUUACCUAUGGAAUUUUUAAUCUUUUGCCAGGAAACUUCCUAAAGGCUAAAUGAGUUGGUGCAAAUAUCAGACUCCCUCUGAGUCAAUGUGAAGUCUAUAUUAGGAAUUGCUAGCCCUGCAGUUGGGAGGAGCAGUGUUUUAUUUCUCUGAAGGGUUGAGCUCCCUGGGUGGGGCUACAAGGAAGGGGCCUUGGUUGGAGCCCUGAUCAGUUGGUUGCAGUCCCUUGCUGUCCUCGAAAGAGUGGAGAUAAUGGAACCCACACGCUGCCGAGGCCCAUGUCACUGUUGAUUCAAAGAGAUGGCAUGUACCUCACAGAUUGUUGUACAAUGUUCCUUGUUGCAGAUUUUAAUCAUUUGCAUGCUCAUCAAUUUCUGAGAUAAAUAGGUCGAUAGUCAUAAGAAUACAUUGUUUUCAAGAAAGUUGCUGAAUGACAUCAUUUCCUAUUCUAGGGAACACUACCAGUUUUGAAAAUCUGAUGUGAAAGUUGUUUUUUUUUUUUUUUUUUUUUUUUAAAAAAAAGAAAAAAGACUAGCUUAUCAUUUUUCAAGUAUUCUGAUUCAUACCAUUUCUUACAGUAUAAGAAGGAAGCAAGCUACCCUGCUGUCUUCUACUAUGUACUUAACUAAAGAGAAAUCUGUGAGCACAGUCAGUCCCAACCAUUUUCCUAGAGAGCUGGUUAGUGUUUCUCAAAGAAACUAUUCUUUGAAUAUGUGUUAACCAAGAUACCUCUGCAUGUAGAAUUAUGGACAUAUUUUUGGGUGAGAACAGAAAGAAACAGACUGGAAAAAAUCCAUCUCUUAAUUUCUAUUCCUCUGACGUUUUGUGGAGCUGGAUAGCAUUAAGGUAGAAAUUCUUGAAGCUGCUUCUGGUGGCACGUAGUUGGGUUUGAUGGUGGUACCGAGCCUUAUCGAUUUAAAACUGGAAGUUGCUGGUACUCAAGCCAAAAACUCGUGCCCUGGCUACACGAAAGGUUUACUUUGAGCAACAUCAGCUGCUAAGUUCUUGUGUGCAGUUCUUCUUGAAGAGAGUUGGCUUUUAUCCAUUUCACAGUAUUUGUAGGCAGCCAAUGGUUUACAGUAAUGGGGCUUCUCCUAGCCUCUGGUUAACCUAGAAGUUCGUGGCCUUUUCUUUCUGAGACCAACCUUUCAGAGUGCUCUUUCUUAGAGACAUAGGCAGAGUUUAAAACUUCUCCUUUGAGGAAAGAACAAGUGUGUUUUGUGACUUUGAUGAUAUCUUCAUUGUGGGACAAAGAAUGGCCCUAGACCCAGCUAGAAGUGAAGAGACUCUGUUAAUGAACAACUCCCCGAGUCAACAGUGACAAAUCAGCACCGAUGUUACAGCAGUGGCUAUUUCUUGCCAACUUUUAAAGGUCAGGGAUUCUCUUCACUAAUUUAGUGACUGAAAAAAUGGAUCUACUUAAAAUCUUUUAGCCAGAAGUAGAAAUAUCUAACCUUUCCCCCACUGGCUUUUGUCUUCUAGCAGUCAUUUAAAUCUGACCUGUUUAAAGUGUUAAACAAUGUUACCAUACUGUGGGAAAUGAGAUUUUACAAUAUCACAGCCCUAUUUUAUUCCAUCUUGCAUUGUGAUUGCAAUAUGCCACACAGAUUUGUAAAUAUGUCUGCUGCAAGCAGUUUAAAAAUGGGAGAAGGGGUCACUCACUGUUAACAAGAGCCUUUAAAAAAUAGCAUGGAUGUACAGCACUCCUAACUGCUGUGACGGUGAUCCCAUGUUUGAUCUCAUGCUGCUUUGGUAGCGCUCUGUUGGUCCGUCACAAAAGGAGGCCCUGAAACCAGACACUGGGAAUUCAGAACUUGAUUAAGGAUAGAUGAGAUCCCUUUGGAAGGCUUGCAAAGGAGAAUGAGUGGAAGCUCAAUAAUGAAUUUGUUUCUUUGCAGUGAAUGACGGGGCAGUUUGUGUUCUGAGGACACAGUGAGUGUUAGCGCCAAGUGAUGCUCUAUGUAUACAUAUAGGCUAUUGAGAGGAUGAAGCAUGCUCUUCCCAGGGGUGAGAGGAAUUACAGCCUUGCCAAUACUAAGACAAGGACCUCCAUCCAGGCUAUGAGCUUAGUUAAGGAGAACAAAAACAGCCUUUUCAUAACCAGUAGAUCAUCAAGGCUUAACCACUGGUGCCUUUGGUCAUUUCUAAACCAAGCCUGAGGUUCUUCCAUGGCUCUGAGUAUGUCUCAAGGUGUGGAUAGGAAAUGGGCGGGUCAGGUGGUGUGUUGGGUGUCUCACUGUCUGUUACUAAAGUGUCAGAUUAGGUGCUGGGAGGAAGUAGAAUAAUUGGAAGUGUUUGGACCUACUCUUAAGGAUUUUAUCAUUAAUAAGGAGCUUACCUUUAGCUAAUAUGGUUAGAAAACAUAGGACUUAGAUGGAGAGUUAUCUUCCUUUCCUAGUUUGUCGAUGACUUGGCUUUUGUGAUGUUUACACCAAGAGAUCUGGUGUUUUAGGAUUUUGCCAUUCACCUGGCACUUACAUUUCUCUCUUUGCUUAUGCUGUUGCUUUCCUCAGUGUUAGCCAACAUGCGAUAUAAUAGGACAAAUUCACUAAGCAGGAAAACUCGUCGGUGUUUGUGUAGACAUCUUUAGCAUAUAUUUUUUUAGGUCUUUGCCAUUGGCUUCAGAAUGUAGUUCCAGAACAACUUUUCUCACAAAGUAUUUUCCUUACCCUUCUUGGCUACAGGGUGGGCCAAAUAAAAACCAUGGAUCUUUUCA